AUGAGGAAGCAGCUGGGCAGAGAACAGACAAGAGCUGGGGGUAAAUUCUGGCAGACCAUGGGCUUCUCAGAGCAGGGCCGGCAGCGGCUUCACCCCGAAGAGGCCUUAUAUCUGCUGGAGUGUGGCUCCAUCCAGCUUUUCCACCAAGACCUGCCACUGUCUAUUCAGGAGGCCUACCAGCUACUGCUGACUGAGGACACCAUGACUUUCCUGCAAUACCAGGUCUUCAGCCACCUGAAGAGACUGGGCUAUGUGGUUCGACGAUUCCAACCAAGCUCCAUCCUGUCCCCUUAUGAGAGACAGCUGAACUUGGAUGGCAGUGCCCUGUGCUUGGAGGAUCGGAAUGGCAAGAGGAAGAGGAGGAGCUCCAGCUCUCGGUCCAUUAAUAAGAAGGCCAAGGCCCUGGAGAAUCCCCUACAGGGGGUGGAUGAGACAACUGAGAGCCUGACAACCUCCAGCCCACCUCCCUGCAACCAGAACAGCCGAUGCCCAGAGGAGAAACCUCAAGAGUCAAGCCCUGUAAAGGGUCCAACGGGUCCCUCUCUGCUUUUGGGAGCCCUGGAGCCCUGGCCUGGCCUGGCCAACGAGGGGGGUGGGUGCAGCCAGCAGAGUGGCAAAGUAGAGAAUGGGGUCAAGGGGGUUCGUAAGCCACGCUGGAACUUUGAGCAGAUUUCCUUCCCCAACAUGGCUUCAGACAGCCGCCACACCCUCCUGCUGGCCCCAGCCCCAGAGCUGCUCCCGGCGAACGUCGCUGGGCGGGAGACAGAUGCUGAAUCCUGGUGCCAGAAGCUGAACCAAAGGAAGGAGAAGCUCUCCAGGCGAGAACGGGAGCAACAAGCAGAAGCCCAACGCUUCCGGGAAGAUGUAAACGCAGAUCCCGAGGUGCAGUGCUGCUCCAGCUGGCAGGAGUACAAGCAGCUGCUGCAGCGGAGGCACCUGCAGAAGAGCCAGAGCCGCCCCGCACACCUGUGGGACCAGCCGGUCCACCCCUUGCUGAGUCCUGGCCAGGCAGACUCCCCAGCCACAGUGCUUCAACAUAUCUCUGUGCUGCAGACCACACACCUCGCCGAUGGAGGUACAUGGUUGCUAGAGAAGUCUGGAGGCUUGGAGAUCAGCUUUGACAUUUACCAGGCUGAUGCUGUGGCCACAUUCCGAAAGAAUAACCCUGGCAAGCCCUACGCCCGGAUGUGCAUUAGUGGAUUUGAUGAGCCAGUUCCAGAUCUCUGUACCCUCAAGCGGUUGUCCUACCAGAGUGGGGACGUUCCUCUGAUCUUUGCCCUGGUGGAUCAUGGAGACAUCUCCUUCUACAGCUUCAGGGACUUCACGCUGCCCAGGGAUCUGGAACACUGA